CAGUUUCUCUGGAGCUUCCUGUUUACAGUGGAGCCAAAGAUGGGUUCUUUGGUAGGCUACAGCGCGCCACCACCACAGUUUAAUCAGAACUAGCUCGGUGGUGGAAGUGCCACUAUUCCUCCCGUCACGCGUUUGAGAUGGCUCACUUCAUGAAACCCGGUGAAGAUACCAGCAUAGUUGAUAAAGGCUUGAAAAAUAAAUGGCGCUGGGCAUGGCUGGAUGAGAUAGGGCUCGACGGCAAGCCGUUUAGUAGUUGGUGCAAAAAGUUACGAGAGCCAGGUGUUCUCUUCUGUACGCUGUGCCACAAAAAGUUUCGGUACGCAUCCAGCGGGAAAAAGGUAAUUCCUCGUCACGAGCAAGACCCGGAGCACAGAGUUGCAGCUGCUCGCGCUGCUACACACGCAACGCUCAUGCCGGGAGAAACAAACACAGCUGUGCCAGCGGCAUCAAUUGACCGUGCGGGUGACCUGAAUACACGCGUAUGCGCAUUCAUUGAUGAGCCAGAUCUGUCUGACAAGCCCCUGGUAUAUUUGUGCAAAAACGUAGCUGAAGACAAAAUGACAAAAUCUAAUCAACAUUCCAGCUGUUUAAACACACAGGACAAAACACUAAGCUUCAACAUCGAUGAAGCCUCCCACACAAAUAUGGAUGAAGUUGAGCAUCGAGUCUGCGGGACAGAUUUGGUCACAGGCCCGCCAAAUCACGACCCUAAGGACCCCGAUUUUGCUCCAUCACCAUGCCUGGCAUCCCAUGCUGCACAGUCCAGUGCAACUCCUUCUACUGAAACAACAGAGGAUAACACAGGUUUUGUGAAAAUAAAGAUGGAGGAGGACUAUGAACAUCUAAUGAUUGACAAACCUUUGAGUUGUGAGGAUAACGCCACAGAAGACCAAGAGAGAGAUGGUAGCAGGUUGCGUACCUCUUCCUAUAUUGAGAAAGAGAAGGAAAAAUGUUCGGGUCAAAAAGUCGCCUUUGGCGCUGAUCAUGCUCAAAUGCUGGGAGAAAUCCUUGCAUACUGCCAGGUUAUGUAUCGAGCCAUGCAGAAGUUGGAUGAAAAAUUCGAGAGCUUAAAGGCGAAGGUGAUGCAUAUUGAACCAGUUCAGCGUUUUCAAAAGGCUACUUCAAACACAGUCCUACCUCUGUCCAGCAGCUCAAUGGAUAUCCCAGUUAGAGUUGACACGUGUCCAGCACCAGAUCUCCCUACCAUGUCCAUGCCAGAGAUUGGGCAUGUCUUCUCUCUAUCGCCCUCUGCUGGCUUGCCGGUGAAGAAGCUUCCAUCACAGUCUCCAGCAGCUGCCCCGCGAGUCUGUAGCCCCACUGGCCUGCCCAUCCUUGGCAACGCAGUGACUAGUAGUGCUGCUGCCCCCGCUUAUGCAUCACAUGUCAUGCCUAUUGAAGGGGAAGAGGAUACGGACGUGGAAGAAAGUGAACAGAGAGUUGCAACCAGGAGGAAAAGCAGGAGCAAAAAAGCCACGGCAACUCUCAGAUGGCUGGGCAGUAGGAGGAGGGGCGUGCGCAUCAGUCAGGCCAAGCUCAAGCAGGUGCAGAGGAUGACCAAACCCAGCAAGGCAGUGCGCUUCCUCUUCCGGAGCAUCUUCUCCCUGGAAGAGCUGCAGUGCAGCAACCUAAAGGGCAACCCAGUCAGGGGCCUGAGGAAGCUGGACCCCAAUAAAAUCGCUGCCAUCAGAGAAUGGAUGGCUAGACGGUUCCCAGAUUGUGACCUGAGAGAGAAGGGCGGAAUAGACUGGAAGAAAUGUAGAUGUGUCAUGAACUCCACCACUCGCUACCUACGCCUCAUGGCCAAAAGGAGAAAGCUGAAAAUGGAAAACAUCAGCAAAGUCUCAGUGUGUCAAGACAUUGAGGAUUCACAAUCACACCCCGAGCAAUACCCUGUCAUGGAUGAGUCUACAGAACCUUGUGAAGCUGACAACCAGAACCACUGCGCAAAGGGUUUUUACAAAGCAGCAACGGACAAAUUGGUAGAGCCAUGCGCUGCUGAGGUUGACGUGGAGCUGUCGGUGAGCGAGGAAGAAGAUGACGCACUGCUGAUAAAACGCUUGAAAACCGAGGAGGAAGGUGGCACCAUAUCCUGCCAAAACAUGUUUAAGAUGAACAAGCCCUGCAAGAAAGGAAUCUAAGAAGACUACUGCCAUUUCGAAGGAGAAUGGUGAGACGCCAGUCACACAAUAUGUUGUUGCUAAUUUAUUCGUGGGAACUGUGUGUGAACUGUGUACAUGAGCUAUUACUACUACUUGAAACUAUGCAGUGUUUUGUUGUUCCACACACAAUUUCGUUGACGACAAUGACAAUAAAAUCUUGGAAAUCUGAAA